UGAGGAGAAGUCAGUUCCUGAUCUUUUCACUCUUAUUAUAAAUCUCGCAGCGCUGAAACAUCACUUCAAGAUGUUUUCUUUGAGGAGGAUCCCCUUCCUACUCUGUGCAUCCCUCAUGGGCAUCUGUGUAGCUGGGACUGGGGCCGCCGCCGGCACCGUGACCGGAGCUCGGGGACACUCGGUCUCCUUACCUGCUGGGAUCACAGCUGCACCGAAUGUUGGCAGCGUUGAGUGGAGCCGGACAUCACCCAGAACCAUGAUAGCGACGUACUCGGAUGAGACUAUUGAUUACAAGACCACCAAUUACAAGGGACGGGUAACUCUUCACCGCGGGAACUUCAGUCUGAAAAUCCGUGAUCUACGGAGAGAGGACGCUGGUGAUUACGAGAUGCUUGUUGUUACACGUUCAGGAGGUAAAACUUCGGCGAGAGUCCGACUGGAGGUGUACGAGCCCGUGGCAGGAACACAGAUUAAGAUUCAGAACAUCACCGGGAUCUGCAACCUGACCUGCUCCGUGACCUCUGGCGACCCCACCAGCUUCAGGUGGUGGAGGGGACAAGAACCUCUGGGAAACGACAGCACCCAUCACCCCCGGCGACACGGAGAGACGAUAGAGGUUCAUCACACAGCAGCGGUCGGGGACGUUGUGUACAAGUGUGAGGCCAGGAACCUGGUCAGUGAGGGCACGGCACAGAUCCUGCUGCCGGAUGUCUGCAAACAGGCUCCACCUGGUGAGUGAAACACACUGCUGAUACUGGAAAUGUGUAAUAAAAACAGAAAAUAUCGGAAAUACUCC